AUGGUUGUAAAAAAGGUUGUCGUUGUUCCAGAGGGUGAUUUGAAUGGAAAUGAAUUGACGUCGUCUACUGAUUCAGAAAGAAACACUGCUCCUCUGGAUAAUACUCAGUUCUUCGAAGUCUCUGUGACCUCAUCAAAUGACAAUCAUAAAGAUGGAGUUGUUGAGCUUGGACCACCAGCUUCUCCAGUAUUUGGUGUUUGUGAACGUGAAUAUUCUUCUCCAUCAACAAGUGGUUUUAUCGAUUCUACAACAGGCGGUUUAUUCAAGCAGGCACCAGUGACGGAUGUCACUGGUUGUUCAAAAACUCUACUGCAUGGCAAUAAAAGUGUAUCGCGGCAUAAAAAAGCUUAUGGCCAGCUGCCAAAGAUUUCUGAGAAGUUUCGAAAGUAUAUUCAUGUUGUGACGCAUCCAAAUGGUGGCGCUUCGAUGCUUAAGGCAGAUUGGUCGAAAAUUAAGGACCAUUUCAGUGGUUCCGAGUUGGACGAGUUUACCUUGGAGUUUGUAACAUUCGGUUUGGCUGAAGUUGACAACACGCCCGUUUUUGUAAUCGCUGUUAUUGAAAACGCUGCUGAUUACCUUCAGAAUGGUUUGGAAUAUUUUGCAAAGAAAUUCCCCCAUAUGCCAGUAAAGAUUGGAUCACUCACCAGUAAGCAGUGUGUUAGCACCACAACUGUUUCGGAAUAUUAUAGUCAUGUUAUGGAAACUUGUCAUCAUGGAACUUUUAGGUAUGGUCCGUUGCAUUCGUUGAGUCUGGUGGGAACGAGACAAGAAGAGUGCGGCAAUUAUUUCAAAGAAUUGAUUGAAUGGUUAGAAAUGUUCCCAAUGCUUAAGCUUCUAAUGCCUUGGGGCGAAUGGUCUGGAGCAGAUCUCGAAAGUCCUUCUGACAGUGAUGAUGGACCUAUUUUUUGGGUACGUCCAGGUGAACAGAUGAUAAGGACUGAUGAGAUGAAGGAAGAUUUGUCAUCGAGAACUCGAAAACGAAGCUCAUCAGUUCGACAACAUGUACCUUCCUACAGGUGCCGAGAGCCACGUGAAUUCUUUUUUGAAGAUCGGACACCGUGUCAUGCUGAUCAUGUAGGUGAUGGUUUGGAAAGGCGUACAACAGCUGCAGUUGGCGUGCUUCAGUCAAUCUAUGGACCAACGGAAAAGAAGAAGAAUAAAAUAGGAAGAAGGGCGGUAAAAGAUGUCGUUUGUUUUCAUGCAAGUGACUUCGAAAGAAUUGUUGAUGAGUUACAGUUGGAUCUUUAUGAACCUCCGAUGUCACAGUGCGCACAAUGGGUUGAAGAGGCAAAAUUGAAUCAAUUAAGAAGAGAAGGAGUUCGUUAUUCUCGUUUUUUGUUGCAUGAUAAUGAUGCUUACUUUCUACCUCGGAAAAUAAUCCAUCAGUUUCGAACUAUAAGUGCUUGCGCUUCAAUUGCUUGGCAUGUGCGUCUUAAGCAAUAUUACAAUGCGGAAGUGGAAGCAGGUGAAUAUGACAAGGUUUUGAAAGAAAAGGAUAUGGAAGAGAAUGAAAAUGGAAAUUCUCGGAAAAGGAAGAAAGAUGACAUGAGAAAGUCUGGGAAGUGGAAGGAGAAGGACCGUGCGAAAAUGGCGAAAAUGGCGGAUGAUUGUGGACCGAAAUCUUUCAAAUGUUGA